GGAGGAGGAACGACUACGCCUCUUUUUUUUUUCUUUUUUUUUCCCCCCCGGUCUCCUCCCUUCACCCUCGUUUCCCCUUCUGUGAGGAGAGAGAGGGGGGGAGGAGAGAGAGGAGGCCGAGGAGAGGAAAAAAAGAUUCCUCACAGAAAUCUCUUUGAAGGGGUGCGGGGGGGUAGCAGAGGAAGGAAAAAAAAAGGAGCCCGGCGCCCCCUGCUCCCUCCCUCCCUGCCUCCUCCCUCCCGCUCGCUCGCUCUCUUCUCCUCCUUCUCCCCUCCUCACCCGCCCGCCCACUCCCCCCAGCCACCGCCGCCGGAGACCGUGCUCGGGAGACGGCGGGACCGGGAUCGGGGUCGCGAUUCUCCUCGGGAUCCCCGAGCGGGUGGCCGGUUGUCCUUUCUCUCUCUCCCCCGCGGCCCCGGCCUCGGCCUCGGCUCCUCACCGCCCUCGCCCCUCCCUCGCCUCUCGGCCUCCUCUCUCUCCCGGCGGUGCGUCGGCCCGCCGCCCCGGCCUCCUGUGCCGCUCUCGUCCCCGGGGCCUCUGGGUCUCCUCGGGGGCCCCCUCUCCCCCGCCCCUGUGUCUCUGUGCCUCUCCCUCGCCCCCCUCUCCUCUCCUCCCCUCUCCGUCCCCUCUUCUCCCCCAAAUCCCCGGGUGCGGGGUGUGUGUGUGUGUCCCUCCGCCAACGCCGCCACCUCAGCCCGGCAAAUGAACUCCGUCCGAGCCGCCAACCGGAGACCCAGGCGAGUGUCGAGGCCGCGCCCGGUGCAGCAACAACAGCAGCAGCAGCAGCAGCCGCCGCCGCCGCCUCCCCAGCAGCAGCAGCAGCAGCCCCAGCCCCAACUGCAGCAGCAGCAGCAGCCCCAGCCCCAGCCGCCACCUCCGCCGCCGCCGCCGCAGCAGCCCCAGCCCCAGCAGCAGCAGCAGCCUCCGCCGCCGCCGCCGCCGCCUCCGCCGCCUCAGGAGCGGAACAACGCCGGGGAGCGGGAUGAUGAUGUACCGGCAGAUAUGGUUGCAGAAGAAUCAGGUCCUGGUGCACAAAAUAGUCCAUACCAACUUCGUAGAAAAACUCUUCUACCUAAAAGAACAGCUUGUCCUACAAAGAGCAAUAUGGAGGGUGCUUCUACUUCCACCACCGAAAAUUUUGGUCAUCGAGCAAAACGUGCAAGAGUUUCUGGAAAAUCACAAGACUUAUCAGCAGCACCUGCUGAACAAUAUCUUCAGGAGAAAUUGCCAGAUGAAGUAGUCCUAAAGAUUUUUUCAUACUUGUUGGAGCAAGAUCUCUGUAGAGCAGCAUGUGUGUGUAAACGCUUCAGUGAGCUUGCUAAUGAUCCAAUUUUGUGGAAACGAUUAUACAUGGAGGUAUUUGAGUAUACACGUCCUAUGAUGCAUCCUGAACCUGGGAAAUUUUACCAGAUUAAUCCAGAAGAAUAUGAACAUCCAAAUCCUUGGAAAGAAAGCUUUCAGCAAUUGUAUAAAGGGGCACAUGUAAAGCCAGGAUUUGCUGAACAUUUCUACAGUAACCCUGCAAGAUAUAAAGGGAGAGAAAAUAUGCUAUAUUAUGACACCAUUGAAGAUGCAUUAGGUGGAGUACAGGAAGCUCAUUUUGAUGGACUUAUCUUUGUUCAUUCUGGUAUAUAUACUGAUGAAUGGAUAUACAUUGAAUCUCCAAUUACUAUGAUUGGUGCAGCACCUGGAAAAGUGGCAGACAAAGUCAUAAUCGAAAACACUAGAGAUUCAACUUUUGUUUUUAUGGAAGGUUCUGAGGAUGCUUAUGUUGGAUAUAUGACCAUCAGGUUUAACCCUGAUGAUAAAUCUGCUCAGCACCACAAUGCCCACCACUGCUUAGAGAUUACAGUGAACUGUAGCCCAAUAAUAGAUCACUGUAUUAUUCGAAGUACCUGUACAGUUGGUUCUGCAGUAUGUGUUAGUGGACAAGGAGCGUGUCCCACUAUCAAGCACUGUAACAUCAGCGACUGUGAGAAUGUUGGACUUUAUAUAACAGAUCAUGCACAGGGGAUAUAUGAAGAUAAUGAGAUUUCCAAUAAUGCUUUAGCUGGGAUUUGGGUUAAAAAUCAUGGAAACCCCAUUAUUAGACGGAAUCACAUUCAUCAUGGACGUGAUGUUGGUGUGUUCACGUUUGACCAUGGCAUGGGUUACUUUGAAAGCUGUAAUAUACACAGGAACAGGAUAGCAGGCUUUGAGGUGAAAGCCUAUGCUAACCCUACAGUAGUUCGAUGUGAAAUCCACCAUGGUCAAACUGGAGGCAUUUAUGUCCACGAAAAAGGAAGAGGACAAUUCAUAGAGAAUAAAAUCUAUGCAAAUAAUUUUGCAGGUGUAUGGAUUACCUCAAAUAGUGACCCAACAAUAAGGGGGAAUUCAAUAUUUAAUGGAAAUCAAGGAGGAGUUUACAUCUUUGGUGAUGGAAGAGGCCUUAUUGAAGGAAAUGAUAUUUAUGGUAAUGCAUUAGCAGGAAUUCAGAUCAGAACAAAUAGCUGUCCCAUUGUUCGACAUAACAAAAUCCAUGACGGUCAGCAUGGUGGGAUUUAUGUGCAUGAAAAAGGACAAGGUGUGAUAGAAGAAAAUGAAGUUUACAGUAAUACUCUGGCUGGAGUUUGGGUGACAACAGGAAGUACUCCAGUGUUGAGGAGAAACAGAAUACACAGUGGCAAGCAGGUUGGUGUUUACUUUUAUGACAAUGGACAUGGAGUGCUAGAGGACAAUGACAUCUAUAAUCAUAUGUACUCAGGAGUUCAAAUAAGAACUGGAAGCAACCCUAAAAUUAGGCGCAACAAGAUCUGGGGAGGCCAGAAUGGUGGAAUUCUAGUUUAUAAUUCUGGUCUAGGCUGUAUAGAAGACAAUGAAAUUUUUGAUAAUGCAAUGGCUGGGGUUUGGAUUAAAACAGAUAGUAAUCCUACACUAAGAAGAAAUAAAAUACAUGAUGGAAGAGAUGGAGGCAUCUGUAUAUUUAAUGGAGGCCGAGGUCUCCUUGAAGAGAAUGAUAUUUUCAGAAAUGCUCAAGCUGGUGUACUCAUCAGCACUAAUAGUCAUCCAGUCUUAAGGAAAAACAGAAUAUUUGAUGGAUUUGCUGCAGGUAUUGAAAUUACAAAUCAUGCAACUGCAACACUAGAAGGCAACCAAAUUUUUAACAACCGGUUUGGAGGCUUAUUUCUAGCAUCUGGUGUUAAUGUAACGAUGAAAGAUAACAAAAUAAUGAACAACCAAGAUGCCAUAGAAAAGGCUGUUAGUAGAGGGCAAUGCUUAUACAAAAUAUCGAGCUAUACCAGCUAUCCCAUGCAUGACUUCUACAGAUGCCAUACUUGUAACACCACAGAUCGUAAUGCCAUAUGUGUGAACUGCAUUAAGAAGUGCCAUCAGGGACAUGAUGUAGAAUUUAUUAGACAUGAUAGGUUUUUCUGUGACUGUGGUGCUGGAACACUGUCUAACCCCUGUACAUUAGCCGGCGAGCCUACACAUGACACAGACACACUAUAUGACUCUGCUCCACCUAUAGAAUCUAAUACGUUGCAGCACAAUUGAAUUCCUUCUCCAAGGAGAGUUCUGCCAUCCUAACUAACUUAAAACUAUUAAAGACUUUUGGAGGAAGAUACUUGCCCAUUUCUGCAGGAACAGACUGUAAAAUGGAUGUGUAAGGUGUUGACACUAUGAAGCUCAACCUACCAAAAAGAAAGUGGCAAUAUAUUGACUCAGGAUCACAGAACUGGGUGUUUUAGCAUUACUGUGUAAAGACUUUUUGAAGGGACAGAAGUGAAGAAAAUAAGCUGCAAUUUUGUACAGAUACCAACUUCUGUAAAGCUGGUGUUUUUACAACUAGCAUUGAACGCAGUCCACUUUGCAGUAGUACUAUUCAGUAGACAGGCAGCAUUGUUGCUGCUUUUAUGGACAUGGGUACCAAUUGCUUUUGUAAUAUGGUAAAAAAAAAAAAAAUGUGAGCUAGCACUUCUGCAUUUUUGAUUUUUUUAACAUGUAUUCAGAUUGAGAUAUGAUUUUAAUGCUUUAAUCUCAUGUAGUUUGUUUUUAAUUUCAAGCAAAAUUGUACUUGAAUGUGUCCCAUUCUGUUAGCACACCUAGACUUGCUGUAACUGUACUCAUGUCCCAGUAUGUACGUUCUUUCUAUGAAAGAGAAAACACUAAUCUUAAAUUAUAUCCAGCAAUGUUUCUGGUAUCCUUUAAGAAAGUUAGAUUAUUAUUUCCUUCCCUUCCCUGUCCCAGCAGCAAUCAAAUCACCCCUACAAAAAGUGAGUGUUUUAAUGAGACUUCCUAGGAAGGGAUGCACUGUAAAACAAAGUAUUCUUGUAACUAAUUUUGUGAAAGGUAAAGCUACUAUGUUUUAAAGUACACUUUAGAAAGUCUCCUCAAAACAGUCCUGUAUUUUAAUCUGUUCAUAGUUUUUUUUUGAACAGUCUAGAUAUAACUGCUGGAAAUUAAAACAAUUUCCUGCUCUAAUGAAGCUGAGACAAGUAUAUAUACAGCCCUAUACAGUUUCAUAGCUUUCCCCCCCAUUUAUGUGUAUUGGUGACAGUGGGUAAUCAAACAGCCUGAAAGUAUAUGCAUGUACCAUAACAUCUAGACUUAAUAUAUUGUGAAGUAUUCAAUAACCAUUAUGUAGAGGGUAGGUAAGAAUUAAAAGGGUUUAAUUUCCUAGGAAAGAAAAUGGAAAAAUGGUCAUUUUUAAAAAAUAAAGUUUAUUAGAUCA